AUGAUGGGGUGCAACCAAUUGAGCUCAGGUCUUUCCGGUUUCCCGGCGAGGCCACUUGCAUUGAAGGAUACCUUGGAAUCUCAGCCUUCUGAUGGAGAGUUGUACCUUGGUGAGGCGUACGUGGGAUUCUGGCCAGAUGCAAGCCUAAACCCCUCGUCUGACCUCACGCGUAAGGAAAGCGAUGAUCUAUUGCACAACAGGAUAUCAGCUUCUCUCAAGACGGCAGCAAGCAAGGCUGCUCAUACAAGACCAUCCUCUGACGGAUUUUUGAAGGGAAAAAGGGAUUUAAACCUGGAAUUGGCUGGUCUACGUCUUCUCACAACAAUCAUGGUAUUUAAACCGAAUACGAGCUUGGAAGGGUUGUCUGGAAUCCCUGCCGGCAUACCGCCCCCUGGGAUCAGUCCCAACUUCGUCAACCCUCAGACCUUGGCGCCAGCAAUCCUCGCCGUCAGUAUAGUAAUGAUGCUAUGGACGAUUGUGUUUGUGAUCAUCAGACUGUAUACCAAUUUCCACGCCCCACGAGGUUUAGGUAUCGAUGAUUACUUCUCCAUCAUCGCGAUAGCACUAGCUACAGCGUCUACGGGGUUAAUAUUCUCAAUAAACAGAAUGGCGAGGCAUAUCUUCGAUAUUCCAAUUGACUGGGUGGAUGGAGACUACCUCAAACGAAGCUAUGCCCUGAACGUAAUAGUUGGGCCUACAAUAUUCUUUGCCAAGAGUACAAUAUUCCUACUCUAUCUCCGGGUCUUUGCAAUAAAGAAACAGAUGAAGUAUGGCGUCUGGCUUGGACUGUUCUGGAGUUUCUUGCUUUACUGGAUCGGUGUUCCGCUCGAGACCUAUUUUUGCGCGCCACGCAUUGGGAAAGGGUGGAAUAUUGAAGCUCUUAACAAAACUUGCUCCGACUACGAAAUAUUCAGCGUGGUUCAGGGCGUUCUGGCAGUCGUUUUGGAUCUCUAUAUCUUCGUUCUGCCAAUCCCGACCAUUCUAAGACUACAGAUGGCACUGAAAAGGAAAUUGUCAAUCCUCGCUAUCUUUGGGACUGCUAUUCUGGGCAUCACCGCGGCAGUCGUAGCAAUGGUAUACCGAAUAAAUCUCAGUAAAAGCAAUGAUCCGUUUUGGGCAAAUGCGGCUGUUUACAUCUGCCUUACCUGCGAGAGUUACGUCGCGAUAGUUAUUGGCUCAAUGCCAGCAUUCGCGUCUUUCUUCAAAGGCGAGAUGCCUGGUGCGUCUUGGCUGACCGGCAUGAACUCCCUCGUGAGAUCUAACACGGGGACACCUUCUUCUGGAGAGUCAAUGAUUCCCGGCGGCCAUACGCGCGAAAAGGGCUAUCAUGAGUUGGGAUCAGUGAGGACCGAUAUUCGGGGGGAGGGUGCCGCGCCGAGGACUCUCGAGGAGGGCGUUGUUUACAAGACCGUUGCCGUUCACCAGUCGAUGAGGCAAGGGCGACCGGCUGCCUAG